UAUCUUUUUCUAGUAUUUUCUUUUGACAAGACAAACAACCAAAGUUUAAGUCGUAAAUCUCAUGCGGGGUGUCACGUAUUUAUAAUUAUUUAUAUUUGAUAUAUCACAAUAUGCGCGUAUUUGCAAUAAUUACUUCGGUGUUGCUCAGAUGGAGCGACCAUAGCUUAUUGUGAAGACGCGCUAAAAUUAUUUAGGACUCCGGUAUACACAAGCACGUGUUGCACAUAAUUGCGUCUGUCGUUUUGUGACACUUGGAGUAAAAAAAAAAAAUGGCAAGUACACUUGUGGCAGCAGGUAUUGGUCUCGCCGCUGUGGGUUUUGCCGGUCGUUAUUUGGCCAGGAGGAUGCCAAACCUGUCGCAGAGAAUGGCAGAGACAGUAAAAAAGCUAGAUUCUCAGACGCUAGCAAACAAUAAAUACUACAAGGGUGGGUUUGAGCCAAAAAUGACCAGGCGCGAAGCUAGUUUAAUCCUGGGAGUAUCUCCUACUGCCAGUAAAGCUAAAGUGAAGGAACAGUUUAAGAAGGUGAUGUCCGUGAAUCAUCCGGAUCGCGGCGGUUCUCCGUACAUUGCUGCAAAAAUUAAUGAGGCAAAAGACCUGCUCGAGAAAUAAUACAUAAUAAAAUUAGACAGUUAUAUGUAUAUUUAAUUCGUAUAUAUAUAUUUUUUAGGAACCAAAUUUCAAUGUACAUAGUCAUGUAACUUAUA